CGAAUCUCAAAGCACCGUUCGCCUGGACUCGCUCUUCUUCCGUUUCGGCCAAAAUCAAAGGAGCUCGUUGUCGUUGCUGAUUUGAAGAUCUCUGGUGGUCGUCGGAGAUGCUGCUCGCUGUGCUCUUCUCCAAUAGCGAGGGCAACAUCCUCAUCGAGCGUUUUCAUGGAGUUCCGUCGGAAGAGCGAUUGCAUUGGCGAUCUUUCUUGGUCAAGCUUGGAGCUGAUAAUCUGAAAGGAGCGAAGAAUGAGGAGCUUUUUGUUGCGUCUCACAAGUCGGUUUAUAUCGUAUAUACCAUACUUGGAGAUGUCUGCAUUUAUGUUGUUGGCAAGGAUGAAUAUGAUGAACUUGCCUUGGCGGAAGCGAUUUUUGCAAUCACGUCAGCUGUCAAGGAUGUGUGCAGUAAACCUCCCACGGAACGCAUCUUCCUCGACAAAUAUGGAAAGAUAUGCCUGUGCCUGGAUGAAAUUGUUUGGAAGGGCAUGCUGGAGAACACAGACAAAGACAGAGUUAAGAGAUUGAUAAGGCUGAAACCUCCUACUGAUGUUUGAUCCGAUGUUGAUCUUUUCAAAAUUCGUUGUAUAUCAUAAAUCUUAAGUUGUGAUGAACGUUUAUCCUAAAACAUCAUCCUUGAGAAAAGUAUGAAUUUCUAGCAUUGCUGUGAUUUGAGACAAUACAUGCAUUUAUUUGUCA